AUGAUAGCUACAUCAGAAACUUGCCGGACCCCUUUUGGGCUGUCCCUUUCGAGUGGUCCAAAUUGUAAAGACAACAACUAUCAAGGAAUACGGCCUGGUCAGGUGGGUGCUGUUACCUGUGUUGCCUGUUCAGGGUCUGUGAAUUUAGCCCUGAAUUCUGUCGGUUACACUGUUGGGCGUGUUGGCUGUCAUGUGUGCAGGAUGGAGCGGUGGGAAAGCGGAAAUGCGGACGACAUAGCGGCUGGGCGCCUGGCAUAUCCCAGCGGGCACACGGCCUACUCAUUUGCGACCAUGACUGUGGUCGCAUGGUAUCUAGUUGGGAAACUGGAUUUGUUUCACGCAACUCACAGGGGGCAGUUUGUUGUGGGUGUGGUGCCACUAAUACCAGUAGGCAUCGCGUCAUACAUCGGCCUGUCGAGGACGCUGGAUUACGUGCACGAUUUCUCGGACAUAAACGCCGGCGGCCUCAUUGGACUCGCCUGCGGGACAUACGCGUACUUCCUCAACUACCCCAGCCCUUUCUCCAAGAACUGCCACGAGCCCAGACUGCGCUCUCGUUCAGUGGAAAUUGCGGACAAACUAGCGCAUCCCGAUGACCAUGGAGAGCAGGAGCUCCAGCGCUCUGGGCUUUUGCCAACUGAGGGGGCCUCUUGA